AUGCCGGUAGCAUCGUCAGACGGCCGUGCAAUUCAAUACCAUUGCCAACGACCGUUGGAAGAUACAGACUCGCAUUUAUUGCCUGUAAGAUGGGGUGAAAUACCUGCUUCUCUUGCUCCGAUUCAGCCCAAAGAUGUGAAAGACGUGGAGCCGCACGAAGGUGUAAUCACUGGGGAAAGGAGAGGUAGAACAGAGAAAGCUCAGGGUGAAGCCCACGCACCGUUUUCAGCCAAAGAACUUUGUUCCAGGAUCGGUAUGAUCAAGCUGAUCGACCUGUUGCGGUCUGGUAAGGAUCAGAAGUCUAGUGGGAAGACUGGUGUCUCGGUAGCGAAGUAG